AAAUGUCGCCAUAGCAGGGAUUUAUACAUUUGGGGUGCAUUUUUCAACUCGACGGCGUCCAUUUUGAUACAGCAAAGUUUACUCGUAUGUUGAUUGGGCAAUUUUCAAUUCCAUUGGUUAAUCAGAACCCGUGUUAUUGAAAGCAAUGUAUGCUAUGAUUCUAGAACCGUAUCAAACUGAAACAGACCCCGAAUAAAUCAAACGUCGAAUCGAGACCACUACAUCGCGAUUUGGCCGCAUUGUGAUGCAUCGUUUCAUCCCCUAAUUGUAAGUAGGUAAUUAUAGCGCAGGUAGAAAUGUAAAUGAUUCAAAACUAUUUUGUUGAACCAGGAACGGAAUCCAAGGCCCUUUUGUCAGUACUAUGGAGCUCUAUAGCCAAAGAGGACUGCUUCUGAAACCACUGAGCUAUCAUGCUUUACAUGUCCCAGUUACUAACCAAAACUAUCACAUUGAUACCCCAUUUCUCUUGAGAUUUCCCUGCCCCCAAGAAAUCACUCAUCAGGCUCUGUAAAUUACUUGGAAUGAGUCAUUUGUUUUGUGCCUGUGUCACAUGAAAUACUGGAAUAAUGCAAAAACUUGUAGCUGGACUGGAAAUUGAACCCUGGACCCCUGCAUCGGUCAGGUUCGCUACCACCGAGUUAUUCAGCUUCAUAUCCACCGCUCUCUAACUUUUAUGCUUUCAAAAUUUUAAUAAGUUACCUAAAAAAAGUGUGACAUAUGCAAAACUUGGAGAUUUUCUUUGUUUAUAAGCCAACUAAUAAUUUGUUCAAGCAAUUUACAGUCAUAUGUCUCUAUGAAUUGAUUUAAUUCUGAAGAGUGUCACAGAACACUUGUACUUAAUGAGAAUCCAGUUAAGUUUGUUGACAAAUGUAAUCAGGUCGAUAUAAGUUACAACUUUCUAUUUAUGCCAGUCCAGGUGCUGUACGAGCUUGGCUUGUAAUCUUUGAUAAUGAUAUGCUAGUUAGAAACAAAAUAAGAAAUUUUCUAAUGGAUUGGAGUAUUUUCUCAGGUUAUCAAACACACAAAGAAUGACGUCGAAGUGUGAAAUCUCAUGAACUAUAGGGGUAACGUCAUCAAGCCAUUGUGGAUUUUCGUUGGCCAGAUAUGUUGCCAAUUUUUGUUUUGUAUGUAAAUACUACAGGUGCCACCUUUUUGAUUACAGAAUAGUGUUGAUUUUAUUCAUUUCGAGAAUCGAGAUCCCCAGUCAGAGAGAGAUUUAAAUGUGCUGCAACAAGGCUUUAAAUGCAGAAUUUGUGUUCAGGGAUUUAUCAAGAAAAAUAAUUGGAUUUAUUCGUCAAGAUGAGAAUGGAUGGCAAGAAGGUAAGAAAUACCAUGACUACAGUUCGAGAGGCGGGGUUGUCCCGCCCAGAGGCGGGACUUGAUCCAAGAUUGACAUCCAAUGGAGCCACUAAAGAGGUGGAGGAGUGUCAUGUGUCUCAGAAGCUAGCUGUUCUACAGGAGGAGAGUCUCAAACCAAUCAAAGAGGACCUGGCCGAGUGGAUUGCACGGACACUGGGUAUUGAAAUAACAACAGAUGAUUUUAUGGAUGUGCUGGAUAAUGGGGUGUAUCUGUGUAACUUGGCCAAGUUAAUUCAGAGCAAGGCAGAGGAGUGUGUCAGGAACGGGGACUACACAGAGCCUCUGCCGAAGGUGUCACUAAAAUACCGUAACAAUGCCACGCCGGGGAGCUGGUUUGCUCGAGACAACACUGCUAACUUCCUGAACUGGUGCAAGGCCUAUGGAAUGGCUGAUGACCAGAUGUUUGAAACAGAGUAUUUAGUAUCACACACUGGGGAGAAGUCGGUGUUGAUGACCAUCCUUGAGUUGGCCAGAAUUGGCUACAAGUUUGGUCUGGAUCCUCCUAAUCUGAUCCGAAUGGAGAAAGAAAUCGAGAAGGAGGAAGAGGUCGUAGAGGUCAAACCACAGAAACCUACAGGUCUCGAUGCUGAGGUAAUCCCCAUAGCAACCACCGAAAAUGUAUUUGACCUUGACGCAGAGGUGAGGAGAAUUGCGUUUCUGUGCAAGUGUCAUGAUCACGUGAAGAAGUUAGGGGAAGGCAAAUACCUCAUCUUUGGAAAAGUGGUUCAAAUACGGUUUCUGAAGAAUCGACACCUUAUGGUGCGUGUGGGUGGAGGCUGGGACACUCUAGAGAAUUACCUGAUUCACCAUCGGCCAGUACAGGUGUUCGAACACAAAAGACUGAUCGUGGGGGAACCCCCUGAUAUCGGCAACAAGUACCUGUACUUCAAAUCAAAGUAUAAGUCCCACGCUCAGGUUGCUAGUGAACAGAAUGGGCAUGCCCACUGAGGGAUGGAAGAUGGAUAUUAUUUAUGACUAGUGAACAGAAUGGGCAUGCCCACUGAGGGGUGGAUGAUGGAUAUUAUUUAUGACUGUUUAGGUGAGACUCUCAGACAGAACUGGUAUUUACUCUGAACUCAUCGUCUGGAGACUACACCUGGAGGACCCUGGGAAAAAUGUGCUCACUUUUGUUUAUGCAUGAAGGCUCAUUUGUUUACAUUGCUACAUGCAUGUUCUAUAUAUAUAUAUAUAUAUAUAUAUAUAUGUUUACCAGGUUCUCUGGUUGUAUUUUGUAUUCUGGGUUGUUCAUAUGCAGAGGUUGUGAAGAUUGUUUUAUGAUAACCUCUUUUGGUUAUAAUGUUACAGCGAGGACUUAUCCUAUCGGUUUAUGAUAACCUCUUUUGGUUAUAAUGUUACAGCGAGGACUUAUCCUAUCGGUUUAUGAUAACCUCUUUUGGUUAUAAUGUUACAGGAAGGACUUAUCCUAUCGUUUAUGAUAACCUCUUUUGGUUAUGUUGUAUUGUUGCACAUAAAGAAUGUAUUUUAUCACAAUAGUAUAAUUUUGUAUUUACUUUAAUGUUUUGUGAGAUAUUGAAAGCAUUCUUUUGUCUUAUUGUAAUACAUGAAUUAGAUUGGCAUUUAUAUUAUUCUGCAAGUCAACAUGUUUAUCAUUUUUGUGUUCUAAAAUAUGAGUGCAUUCUUAGAAAUGAAAUUUUAAUUUCCCAUCACAUUUAAGGUGCUCAAUAUUCCUUGAAAUUUUAUUAUUUUAUGGGGGGGGGGGGGGGGGGGGGGGGGGGGGGGUUGUUACAUGCUAUAUACAGUAAAACUUGCUUUAAAUAAAGAAUUCCAUGGGACAUCAACAUUUUCAUUAACUUCCUUAAAACAAUGAUAAAUCAUAUCCCAACUCACUUUAUUUAUAUCAUAUAGAAUGAGUAGGAAUUACCUCCAGUCCUUAAAUAUGUUGAUAAAGAAUUUAAAGAACAUAUGUUUUCUUUUUCAGAAAGAGAAUGUUUGAUAUUUGGAAAAAGAAUUUAUUUGUGUUGAUACAGUGCCAAUAUCAUAGACGUAGAUACCUGAUUAAUUUACAGUAAUUGGAAUUUUAACUCCAGCACCAUCAGCUUACACAAAUUCAUUUCCCUGAAAACAAGUCAUUUUAAUUUUGUUUGUAACAUACAAUUUGAUUGGCUGACCGACAUACUUUGAAUUAAUCUUCAAGAACAGAAAAUGAUCAUUUAGGAAGUAUUAUGAGACACAAUUAACUCUUGAAAUUUUCAUUUCAAAUUCAUUGUAAAAUAUAACUAAAUGCUUAUUUAUUAAUCAUGCUAGUAUAAGGAAUGAGUUUUAAAAGCAAUGAAUAUCAACAACAUGAUGCAGAUUAAGCUUUUGAUAAAUUGCUUCACAGUCUAUCAGGGUAACUUGUACCGAGUAACAUUACAACAGUCACUUUGCUCUUGAAUUUAUUUCAUUAAAGAAAUCAUAGUACUCUGAUAUUGAUAUUGUAAGAAAUAAAUAUUACUGCAUUACAACAGAGAAUGCCUAGUCACCAAGUUCCUUAACAGCCAGGUUCUCUUGUAAAUGCUUACUUGUAUGAAGGAUAAUGACAGGAUUUUUAAACUAUUCAUUAUAAUCAAGAUCUCUCUAUAUCCAAGUCCCUUGUAUAGGAGUUUCACUGUAUGUGUUCAAAUUGUUACUAAUCUUGAAUGGAGUGAAACAAUUACAACAAUAUUGAAUGGCAGUAAAAACUAUAUUUACACCAGAUUAUUGGACAUAAACACUGCUGAUUUUUUAUUACUGGGCAGGAAAGGUCAUGCCACUGUGUUAUGGUGUACACGGUUAAGAAACAUUAAAUCUCUCAAAUGUAUAUUAUCUGUAAAUAAUCUAUUUCAAAAACAACUUGACACACUGCCUGGAACAUACAUUGUACCAACAGAAAUAUCUUUUACUCGUAUUUGAAUAUACCUUUCUGUGGCAACUAUUAAGAAUGGAAAUGCAUUAUGUAAACUAGCAACAGUGUGGAACUUAAUGAAUUAAUCAAUAGUUUACCGAGUCAGUCAAUAAUUUACCGAGUCAGUCAAUAAUUUACCGAAUCAGUCAAUAAUUUACUGAAUCGGUCAAUAAUUUACUGAGUCAGUCAAUAAUUUACUGAGUCAUUCAAUAACUUACUGAGUUAGUCAAUAAUUUACUGAGUCAUUCAAUAAUUUUCUUGAGUCAGUUAAUGAUUUACUGAAAUGUGAUUAUAUAGAAUAAAUAGCAAGUAAAAUGGUAUGGGGAAAAAAUUCCAAAUCUUAGAUAAUUAACAGUAUUAAGGAUGCAUGUGGGUCUUUUUUUUUUUUUUAUACCUGUAUUGUAUAAUUUGUCGGAGGUUGUAAAAGUGGAUGGAUCAAAGCUGAUGUACCAUUUCACAUUGUAGUACAUGUAUUGUUUAAAUUUUAUGCUGUUAAAAGUGUUAUCUCUUUUUUUAAUCAAACUUGUUACUGUUGCAACAUUCCAUUUUUUGUAUUGCACACUACUCAUUAUAGAUAUAUAUACUAAGUUAUGCAGACCGUCCAUUUUUAAUCAGUUUCGUUGAGUGUUUGAAUCAGUAUUCAAUAUUUUAUUAAAUGAGAGAUUUUUCUGUAUCAAGUGUACAUUAAAAAUGUGCUGAAAUCAAGAGUUUAAUAAAACUGUUUUUGAAGGGUA